AUGGCCCAACAGUCCACCAAUGAAACUAAACUAAAUCGAGCCAGUCCAGCGGGGCAUGAACUGGCUCCCAUCGACGAUGGCCCCACAAUCUCCAUAGCAAUAGUACAACAGGAAAGUCACAACCUAACAACAACUGGGUACAUCAAUGGUGAUAAGCGAGUUCUGACGUUAGAUACUGGCGCAUCAAAGUCCAUCGUAAGAUCAGAUCUGGUAAAGGGAAAAAUAACGCAACUUAAUGGAGUCAGACUGCGCACAGCAACGGGGGAGCCCGCGGCAGUACACGGCAAGAUUACCCUGAGACUAACUAUUGCCAAUAAAUCGGAGAAUUACGAGUUUAUAGUUGCCGAUAUCGUAGACGAAGUGAUAAUAGGCGCAGAUUUUAUGAUUGCCUUUGGUAUCAAUCUGGAUAUGAAAGAACGUGUGAUGACCUGGUCUAACGUCGAAAUUCCGUUAAACGUGGGCUACGAUGAAAGUACACCCAUUAGACGUCUGACCACGAACCAUCCAGAGAUAAUACCGCCCUGUGCCGAAGCAAUAAUAUGGGUACCAAUGAAUGGAGAUUGUGGAGCCGAGAAGUUGUGGGUGGUGGAACCAGCAGAAAACAGAAACACUGAAGCUGUAGUUAAUUUGGAAACUAGCACCGAAAAGCCAGCUGCCAUGGAGAAGAAGCACCUCGACGGCUACAUAAAAGAGUGGACACACCAAUUAUCACCUUCCGAGAGGAACAAGGCUAAGCAGCUAUUAAGGAAAUAUGCCUCUACCUUUGCGUUGACAAAAGAGCACCAAGGAAGAACAUCAGUGGUGAAGCAUGAAAUCAAUACAGCAGACGCGAGACCCAUUAAACAGCCUCCAAGAAGUGUUCCCCUGGCAAAAAGAGACGAGGUUCAGAAGCUGAUAAGUGAAAUGGAAAAGAGUGGUUAUUACGCACCCAGUAUUCGCCAAUAA